AUGGAAAAAAGAAACCAAACAAGAAUUGAAAACUUUCUCCUUCUGGGAUUUUCAGAGGAAGUAGGCCUGAAACCUUUCCUCUUUGCCUUGUUCCUGUCCAUGUACCUGAUCACCUUCACUGGAAAUCUACUUAUUAUCCUGGCCAUCAUCUCAGACUCCCACCUCCAUACGCCAAUGUACUUCUUCCUCUCCAAUCUAUCCUUCGCGGACAUCUGUUUCACCUCCACCACCAUGCCAAAGAUGCUGCUGAACAUGCAGACACAGAACAAAAUUAUCACCUAUUCGGGCUGCCUCACUCAAAUUUUUUUUUUCAUUGUUUUUGGAUGCCUGGACAAUUUACUCCUUACCUCAAUGGCCUAUGACAGAUUUGUGGCCAUUUGUCAUCCCCUACACUACACGGUCAUCAUGAGUCCCCAGCUCUGCAGACUGCUAGCUCUGGGCUCAUGGUGCCUCAGUGUCAUGGGUUCCCUGGUGGAAACCUUGACCAUUUUGAGACUUUCCUUCUGUACACACAUGGAAAUCCCCCACUUCUUUUGUGACCUUCCUGAAGUCCUGAAACUCUCUUGCUCUAGCAUCCUUGUCAAUAACAUAGUAGUGUACUUGGUGACUAGUGUCCUGGCUGUUUUUCCUCUCUCCGGGAUCCUCUUCUCUUAUUCUCAGAUUGUCUCUUCCAUACUGAGAAUGUCAGCCCCUGGGGGCAAGUAUAAAGCCUUCUCCACCUGCGGGUCUCAUCUUACAGUUGUGUGCUUGUUCUACAGUACAGGCCUUGGGAUCUACCUCACCUCCGCAGCCACAUCAUCAUCUCAGACUAGUCUGAUAGCCUCAGUGAUGUACACCAUGGUCACGCCCAUGCUGAACCCUUUCAUCUACAGUCUGAGGAAUCGGGAUAUAAAGAGAGCCCUGGCAAAAUUCAUCGGUAGGACAUCGACCUCUCAGUGA